AUGGCGCUGCCGACACGCUUCAAGCUUGUUUUCUUCACCCCGCCCGCCGCACUGCCCGCCAUCAAGACCGCGAUCUUCGCCACCGGAGCCGGCCGCUAUCCAGGCCCGGGCGACUACACCGAGUGCGGCUUCACCACCUCGGGCAAGGGCCAGUUCCGGCCAGGCGCUUCCGCCAACCCGCAUAUUGGCAAGCCCGGCGCUAUUGAAGAAGUCGACGAGGUCAAGUUUGAGACGCUCUGCGUUGGCUACGAUGUUACGAGAAAGGCGGUCGAGGCGCUGAAGAAGGCCCAUCCUUACGAGGAAGUUCCUUAUGAGGUCUACAAGAUGGAGGACUUCUGA